GGGGCCCCGCCGCCGCCCUCCGGACGCUGAUGCCCGUGGGGUGCCGCGUCGCCCUGCUCUGAAGGACUCCCCGCGGUUCCCCGGGCCAUCGGCCGCCCAGGCGAUGCGGACUGGAGUAGGCGGCGGAGCGGCAGCCGCCGGCUGCCCUUUUCUGGGGCUGGCCGCGCUGCUGGCCGCCCUGCUGUGGACCCCUGCAAGGGCGGCGGCGCAACAGUACCACGGCGAGAAGGGCAUCUCCGUGCCGGACCACGGCUUCUGUCAACCCAUCUCCAUCCCGCUCUGCACGGAUAUCGCCUACAACCAGACCAUCCUGCCCAACUUGCUGGGCCACACCAACCAGGAGGACGCGGGGUUGGAGGUGCACCAGUUCUACCCGCUGGUCAAGGUGCAGUGCUCGGCCGAGCUCAAGUUUUUUCUCUGCUCCAUGUACGCGCCGGUGUGCACCGUGCUGGAACAGGCCAUCCCGCCCUGCCGCUCUCUGUGCGAGCGGGCCCGCCAGGGGUGCGAGGCCCUCAUGAACAAAUUCGGCUUCCAGUGGCCAGAACGGCUCCGCUGCGAGAACUUCCCCGUCCACGGCGCGGGUGAGAUCUGCGUGGGGCAGAACACGUCGGACGCGCCGCCGGGGUCUGGCGGUGCGGCGGGUCGGGGGGCCACUGCCAACCCCACGGCUGGCUACCUUCCCGACUUCCUCACCCCGCCACAGCCCCCCUCCGGCUUCUCCUUCUCCUGCCCACGGCAGCUCAAAGUGCCCUCUUACUUAGGCUACCGGUUCCUGGGGGAGCGGGACUGCGGGGCCCCCUGUGAGCCGGCCCGGCCCAACGGGCUCAUGUACUUCAAGGAGGCAGAGGUGCGAUUUGCCCGACUGUGGGUGGGUGUGUGGUCUGUGCUCUGCUGCGCCUCCACCCUCUUCACCGUGCUCACCUACCUGGUGGACAUGCGCCGUUUCAGCUACCCGGAGCGGCCCAUCAUCUUCCUCUCAGGCUGCUACUUCAUGGUAGCCGUGGCCUAUGCGGCAGGCUUCUUGCUGGAGGAACGGGUGGUGUGUCUGGAGCGCUUCUCUGAGGACGGCUACCGCACUGUGGCCCAAGGUACCAAGAAAGAAGGCUGCACCAUCCUCUUCAUGAUCCUCUACUUCUUUGGCAUGGCCAGCUCCAUCUGGUGGGUCAUCCUGUCUCUCACCUGGUUCCUGGCUGCUGGCAUGAAAUGGGGCCACGAGGCCAUUGAGGCCAACUCCCAGUAUUUCCAUCUGGCUGCCUGGGCUGUGCCUGCUGUCAAAACCAUCACCAUCUUGGCCAUGGGGCAGGUGGAUGGGGAUGUCCUCAGUGGAGUGUGUUAUGUAGGUAUCUACAGCGUGGACUCGCUGCGGGGCUUUGUGCUGGCGCCCUUGUUUGUGUACCUCUUCAUUGGCACUUCCUUCUUGCUUGCUGGCUUUGUGUCCUUGUUUCGCAUCCGCACCAUCAUGAAGCAUGAUGGCACCAAGACAGAGAAACUGGAGAAGCUGAUGGUGCGCAUUGGUGUCUUCAGUGUCCUGUACACUGUGCCUGCCACCAUUGUCCUGGCAUGUUACUUUUAUGAGCAGGCUUUCCGUGGCACUUGGGAGAAGACAUGGCUCCUCCAGACCUGCAAAAGCUAUGCUGUGCCCUGUCCCAGCCAUUUUGCCCCUAUGAGCCCAGACUUCACGGUCUUCAUGAUCAAGUACCUCAUGACCAUGAUUGUUGGGAUCACGACUGGCUUCUGGAUCUGGUCUGGCAAAACCCUUCAGUCCUGGCGGCGCUUCUACCACAGACUCAGUACUGGCAGCAAAGGCGAGACGGCAGUAUGAGACCCCCCCAAUCCCCUCACACACGCAUGCACAGACGCAGAGGAGGCGGCAAUGGCUCCCUGAAGAGGGAGGAAGGGAGGCUUGUCCAAACUUUUUCUUCCUCCCAGAGGGUUUGAAACAAACAAAA